AUGUCUUCACCACGCCCAAAAUCCCCUAGAACACCUGUUUUGCCAAAAAAGGAGGAUAAAGAGGAAUCUUUUUGGGACAAAAUUGGCACUAUUGGCCGAAAGAAACGUAUAAAGGAAGUUCAAGAUGUACAAGCAGAAGGAAAAUAUGCAAUUGAUUCACCUGGAAGUCCAACUGCUCCAGAAAUUCCGCCUGAAGAAUACAGUCUUCAUGACAAUGAAGAAAGGGCGAUAAUCGAACCUAGAUCCUUAGAGGACCCACGGGUAAAGGAACUGAUACAAGUCCUGAUAGACUGGAUUAAUGAUGAACUUGCUAUGCAGAGAAUUAUUGUUAAGGACAUCAGUGAGGAUCUUUAUGAUGGACAGGUUUUACAGAAGCUUCUUGAAAAGUUGACAGAAACAAAGUUAGAUGUGCCAGAGGUGACACAGUCAGAGGAAGGACAGCGGCAGAAGUUGGCUAUUGUUUUGAGAGCAGUUAACAGGGUGCUGUUCGGUACAUCUAAGCCUGCUCAGAAAUGGAGCGUGGACUCGAUCCAUUCAAAAAACGUGGUGUCGAUACUUCAUCUCCUGGUCGCGUUGGCGCGUCACUUCCGCGCGCCCGUACGCCUGCCCGAGAACGUGAGCGUAAACGUAGUCGUCGUAAAGAAGGAUGCACCCAACCAACUUUCUCAUAGAACGUACAUAGAAGACAUCACGACGACGUACGACGACCUCGGCAUGAAGUGUGAGCGUGACGCUUUCGAUGCCCUGUUCGACCACGCGCCCGAUAAGCUGCAAGUUGUUAAGAAGUCGCUCAUAACAUUCGUCAACAAACACUUGAGCAAAGUGAACCUGGAGGUUAUGGAUCUGGACACCCAGUUCCACGACGGCGUGUACUUGUGCCUGCUUAUGGGCUUACUGGAGGGCUUCUUCGUGCCGCUCUACGACUUCCACUUGACACCGCAGGACUUCGACCAGAAGGUCCACAACGUCACCUUCGCUUUCGAACUGAUGCAGGACGUUGGACUCGCCAAGCCCAAGGCUAGGCCUGAAGAUAUCGUGAAUCUCGACCUCAAGUCAACUCUACGAGUUUUGUACAACUUGUUUACUAAAUAUAAGAAUAUGGCCUAA